AUGGUGAAAUACGUGCUCUUUGAAACUGCUUUUGGAUAUGCAUUAUUUGAACGGUUGCAAAGUGAGGAAAUAGGAGCCAAACUUGAACAAAUUCAAGAGUCCGUUGAAGAUUUGGUAAAGUUUGGGAAAAUUGUAAAACUUAAAGCUUUUGCACCCUUCAAAAAUGCCGUUCACGCUUUAGAAAAUGCAAAUGAUAUAUCCGAAGGUGUUGUGAACGAACAUCUCAAGGCAUUUUUGGAAAUGAACCUUCCAAAACCCGGGAAAAAGAGUAGUAAUAUGGUUUUAGGUGUCGUAGAUAAAAGUUUAGCUGGUUCUAUUCAAUCAGAAUUAGGGUAUGAGUGUGAAACUAGUGAACUUGUUCUUGAGCUUGUUCGUGGCAUUCGACUACAUUCAGAUAAGUUGUUGAGUCAGGUGAAAGAUAGCGAACUUGAGAAAG